CCGGAAGCGGAAGUCGAAGAAAGUUCUAGUGGUUAGAGGUACCGGCGGGAGCGGCUGAGUGGCGGGAGGAGCCGUUACGGGAGCCGGUGCUGCGGAGUAAGACGAUCAAGAUGACAACCUCCCAAAAACACCGAGACUUCGUGGCAGAGCCCAUGGGAGAAAAACCAGUGGGGAGCCUGGCCGGGAUUGGCGAAGUCCUGGGCAAGAAGCUGGAGGAAAGGGGCUUUGACAAGGCCUAUGUGGUUCUUGGCCAGUUUCUGGUGCUGAAGAAAGAUGAAGACCUCUUCCGGGAAUGGCUGAAGGACACAUGUGGUGCCAAUGCCAAGCAGUCCCGGGACUGCUUUGGGUGCCUUCGAGAGUGGUGUGAUGCCUUCUUGUGAUGUUCUCUAGGGAACCCUCAGCCCCCAGCCCCUAUGUUGAGUCUCCAGAGUUUGCAGCUGAGUGGAGGCUCAUUCCUGCCCUCUACAAAGAAAAGAUUGCUGUUGUCACACUCACCUCCAAUGUACUCCAGGGUCUUUUGGGAGUUCUCUCCCCCCACCAUUUCAACCUUUUUGGAAUUGUCACUCUUGCAUGCAUUGCCCUAACUCCUUCCCUUGUCAGUUCCGUGGGACAGUUACCAGCCUUCCUGAGUGGAUUCCUGAGUCCUGUUCAGCCCUUUGUCCCCCAGUCUAUAUGAUGCCAUUUGGCUCCUUUUUUGGCAGAACAGCCACUGUCCUUGUAAAAUUUUUUAGAUCAAUAAAGUCAGUGGCCUUCAUGACUGGGCGUUGUGCAUUGGAAAGCUAGUGGGCCAAGAGUUGCCUUUUCCCCAGGGACUGGUCAUUCUGCCAUAUUCCUUAUCAGUGCACACCGAAACUGGCAGCUUCCCUUCCCAUUCCAGAGGGGAGUCACCUGAGCCAUGUGGACAUUGGCAGGUGCUUUGGAGUGUCCCAAUGCCUGAAUAACGUGGGUGAGUGUGGCUGGAUCUCUUCCUGGGAGCCAGGUAGGCUGUGAGGUUCCAGCUGUCAGCCAUGUCAACAGCUGAGCUAGGCAACACCUGGUGGAAAAGUUAGUGGGAGUUAGGUACCAGGAAGAGGGUGGACCACACAUGGGUAAGAGUUCAUCUGCCAGUCAUCACGCCAUCUGCUCUCCUAGUCUCUGGGAAGUGUGGGCAGAGAUCUUGCUGUCUGCCCAACUGUCUUAGGAAGGAAAGGAGUGUAGGAAUUCCAGUUGGCUGUCAGUAGUUACACUUGAAAUUGGUACAAUUCAAGUCCUGUGCUUUAAAAGAAAAAAAAAAAAAAGAUUUUUUUCCUCUUUAAGACAGGGUCUUGUU